GCCUAAUCGCGUCCACUUGCGGCGUGCGCGGGCGCCUGGCGGCCAUGCCCAGUCGCCAUGGUCGAGACGCUGCAGCUGGACAAACCUCCUGGGUCUCCCGCCGGGCCCGCGCGCGAGAAGUGGGCGAAGCAAGUGGAGUUUGUGCUUUCCGGCAUCGGCUUUGCCGUCGGUCUCGGCAAUAUCUGGAGAUUUCCUUACUUGUGUUACAAAAAUGGAGGAGGUGCCUUUUUGGUUCCGUACUUCAUCUGUCUCGUGACAGGGGGUAUCCCCAUCUUCUUCCUGGAGGUGGGGCUAGGGCAGUUCAUGAGUGAAGGGGGUAUAACGUGUUGGAACAUCUGUCCAAUCUUCAAAGGAAUAGGUUAUGGAACCACCAUAAUCUGCUUCUUGCUGAACGUCUAUUAUAUUGUAAUCCUGGCUUGGGCAUUCCACUUCUUUGUCAACUCGUUCUCAUGGGAACUACCUUGGGGAUCUUGUGACAAUUGGUGGAAUACCGACAACUGUUUCCGUGGCCACAACAGAUCCGCACAUGGCCCUGCUCCUGUUGAUCCAGUGGUAGAGUAUUGGGAGCGAAAAGUGUUGAAAAUCAGCUCCAGCAUUGAAGAAGUUGGCACAAUCAACUGGGAACUAGCACUUUCCCUCUUGUUUGUUUGGAUUGUUGUAUUCUUUUGUGUCCAAAAAGGAAUCAAAACAUCUGGAAAAGUUGUUUACUUCACAGCAAUUUUCCCAUAUUUCAUGCUGACUGCUCUGUUGAUACGAGGGGUGACCCUGGAUGGAGCUAUGCAAGGAUUAGAGUUCUACCUCAAACCAGACUUCUCGAAACUGGCAGAAGCUCAGGUUUGGAUUGAUGCCGGCACCCAAAUUUUCUUCUCGUACGCAAUAGCUCUUGGAUGUAUGACUGCUCUCGGCUCUUACAAUGACUUCAACAACAACUUCAUCCGUGACUGUAUACUGAUCUCGGCUGUGAACAGCUGUACCAGUCUGUACUCAGGGUUAGCCGUGUUCAGCGUGCUCGGCUUCAUGGCUCAAGAGCUGGGAGUACCAGUAGCGGAAGUUGCAGAGUCAGGACCCGGCCUAGUCUUCAUCGCUUACCCCAAGGCCGUCACUCAGAUGCAGUACUCUUCUGUCUGGGCUGCCCUCUUCUUCUUCAUGAUCAUCCUGAUGGGUCUGGACUCCCAGUUCGUGGGUGUGGAGGGGUUUGUCACUGCUGUGGUCGACCUGUUCCCUGGUAUCCUCCGGCAGGGGAGACGGAGAGAGCUUUUCAUCAUCAUCGUUAGUGUCAUCAGUUACGCCAUUGGUCUUCUAAUGGUCACCAAUGGGGGAAUGUACGUAUUCCAAGUAUUUGACUACUAUGCUGCCAGUGGGAUGGUCUUAUUAUGGUUUUGCUUCUUCGAGUGUGUGGCCAUCGCUUAUUCAUACGGAGUUGACAAGUUUUACGAGGAUAUCUCUACGAUGGUGGGCUACAGAAUGAAUUCAUGGUUGCGUUGGUGUUGGCUUUAUUUUACUCCGCUUGUCACAAUGGGUAUCUUGAUAUUCUCGACAGCAUCAUCGUUGCCACUGACCUACAACCGGGUGUACGUGUACCCCCAGUGGGCAGUAUCAAUAGGCUGGACCAUGGCUCUGGUGCCUAUGUCACUCAUCCCACUCUACUUCUUCUGGCACCUCUACACCAGACCUGGCACGCUUUCAGAGGUAAGUAAUUGAUGUCACUGACAUACAACCGGGUGUACGUGUACCCCCA